UAGCUGAUGCAAGUACUCCGCGUGAGUUGCAUGUCGUUUUGUCAAUUUACCGUGCAAUUUUUACCCAUCUAGACAUAUUUAGAAUAACUUGGAAUUAUUGAACUAUUAGUUAAUCAACAAUUUAAUCAUGGCAGAUGUCGGUAAAAGUAUUGCAGACCAGAUAAAGGAGCAAGGAGAGGUCGUUCGAAAACUCAAGGCAGAAAAAGCCGGUAUUGACAAGAUCACAGAGGAAGUCUCAAAACUACUGGCUCUGAAAGCCCAACAAGGAAGUGACAAGGAUGAAAAAGCUGGUGGCAAGUUUGUCCUUAAAACAGCCAAAGGAACUCGUGACUUCAACCCAAGGCAGAUGGUGAUUCGGCAGCAAGCUUUUGACAAAAUUACAACAUGCUUCAAACGUCAUGGAGCUGAGACAAUAGAUACUCCAGUGUUUGAAUUGAAAGAAGUGCUGACUGGAAAAUAUGGUGAAGACUCCAAACUUAUCUAUGACCUUGCUGAUCAAGGAGGAGAACUUUUGUCUCUCCGCUACGACUUGACAGUCCCGUUUGCCCGUUUUCUGGCAAUGAACAAGGUCGCAUCCAUUAAACGGUACCAGCUUGGCAAGGUGUACAGGAGAGACAACCCAGCUAUGACCAAAGGCAGAUUUAGGGAAUUUUUUCAGUGUGAUUUCGAUAUCGCAGGUCUAACUGACCCUAUGAUUCCCGAUGUUGAAUGCGUGAGAGUAGUCACCGAAAUUCUUGAUUCGUUGGACCUUAGUGAACACGUCAUCAAAAUUAAUCAUCGGAAAAUCUUAGAUGGAUUAUUUGAGGCUUGUGGUGUUCCUGAUACUCAAUUUCGGACCAUCUGUUCAGCAGUCGAUAAACUUGAUAAGUCUCCUUGGGCAGACGUUCGUCGAGAGAUGACGGACGAAAAAGGCUUAGAUCCUGAAAAGGCUGAUCAAAUUGGCCAAUAUGUUCUUCGUGCUGGUCAAGAUGAUUUAGUAGAGCAACUUUUGGCCGACACGAAGUUAUGUGCUUCCAAAUCAGCGAUAGAGGGUCUUGAGGCACUGAAGUUGUUUUUCCGAUAUGCUGAGCUUUAUGGUGUUAAAAAGCGUGUCAAAUUUGAUAUGAGUUUGGCCCGGGGAUUGGACUACUACACUGGAAUUAUCUACGAGGCUGUCUUAACAAACCAAAAUCCCGAGGAAGGCGUCGGUUCUAUUGCGGGUGGCGGUCGUUACGACAAUUUAGUAGCAUUAUUUGAUCCUAAAGCAAAAGCUGUUCCUUGUGUCGGAGUUUCCAUAGGCAUAGAGAGAAUUCUUGCUAUUCUGGAAAAUCGCGAGGCUAAUUUGAAAAUGCGAACUGUUGAGACUCAAGUUUACGUUGCAGCCGCGCAAAAGAAUCUCUUAGAGGAUAGGAUGAAAAUUUGCGCUGAACUUUGGGACAUUGGAAUAAAGACGGAAAUGUCCUAUAAGGCCAAUCCGAAAUUGCUCGGGCAGUUGCAGACUUGUGAGGAGCAGGGUAUUCCCUGGGCAAUCAUUAUUGGUCAGUCAGAAUUGGAAAAAGGAGUGGUCAAACUGCGUAACGUCGUGUCUCGACACGAAGAGGAAAUUGAACGUACGAAAUUGACGGAUGUAUUGAAAGAAAAAUUAAGUGCGCAAGUGGUUUGAGGGCGAUUUGCAGUGCAAAGAUAUUGCAUCUGAAUAAAGAUGUUUAAAUCU